AUGGAGCCCGGCACGUACGCCGCCCUGGACGGGGCCAAGGAUGUAGACGGCUUGCUGGGAGCGGCUGCGGGUCGCAAUCUGGCCCCCCACUCCCCGCUAUCCAGCCCCCCGGCAGCGCCCUCGGGGAUGCCCGCGGCCAGCUACACCCCCCUGGACCUGCCGGGCUCUGCGGAACCGCCAAAGCAGUGUCCCCCCUGCCCGACCGGGGUGCCCCAGGGGGCGUCGCCAGCUCCGGUGCCUUACAGCUACUUUGGAGGCGGGUACUACUCCUGCCGGGUGCCCCGCAGCUCCCUGAAACCCUGCGCGCCCGCUCCCACCUUGGCCACGUACCCCGCAGAGGCGCCGGUGGCGGGAGAGGAGUAUCCCAGUCGCCCCACCGAGUUUGCCUUCUACCCGGGCUACCCCGGGCCCUACCAGCCUAUGGCCAGUUACUUGGAUGUGUCGGUGGUGCAGACCCUGGGCACCCCCGGGGAGCCCCGCCACGACUCUCUGCUGCCUGUGGACAGUUACCAGCCCUGGGCCCUCCCAGGAGGCUGGAACGGUCAGAUGUGCUGCCAGGGAGAACAAACUCCGGGCCCCUUCUGGAAGGCGGCAUUUGCAGACCCGAGCUCACAGCACCCGCCAGACACCUUCCGUCGGGGUCGAAAGAAGCGCAUUCCCUACAGCAAGGGGCAGUUGCGGGAGCUGGAGCGAGAGUAUUCGGUGAAUAAGUUUAUCACCAAGGAUAAGAGGCGCAAGAUCUCCGUGGCCACCAGCCUCUCAGAACGCCAGAUCACCAUCUGGUUUCAGAACCGGCGGGUCAAGGAGAAGAAGGUCCUUGCCAAGGUCAAGCCCAGUGUUACUCCGUAA